AUGCCGUGGAGGAAGCUGGACUCCGGAAAGCAGUCCCGCAAGGAAAAGAGGGAACUUUCCCUUGUGCGUGGCGACGCCGAAGAAGAGGCAUCUCUGUUAAGUAAACGCUAUCAGGAUGUAGAGGAGCGCCGGUUAAAGGAAUGGGAAAAUUAUCAGAGAAGCCAUCGCUCGACUGAGGAGCAACAGUCAUCUCGCGCAUUCCUGGACAUAUCCAUUAGCGAUGUUCUGGCCGGGCGAUUAGUUUUGGAGCUCUUUGAGGAGACGGCUCCUAACACGGUGCGCAACUUCCGAGCACUAAUCACGGGAUCCUGCGGUGUGGAUCCUGUCACCGGCGUCAGACUGGACUACCUGGACACGCCAGUCCACCGCGUGGAUCAUGCAACAAAGCUCAUUCUUCUCGGUGAGCUGGAAUCCCUUAACAUCUCCUCCACCGGCACUCCCCUUCAGGAUGAGGGGUACCACAAGCGCCACUCAGAGCGGGGACUGCUUACCAUGAUUACUGACGGCCCACACACAAGCGGCUCUGUCUUUGGUAUUACCUUGGGUCCCUCACCUUCCCUUGAUUUUAAACAAGUCGUCUUUGGAAGGGCCGUUGACGACCUCACGUUGCUGGAUAAACUUGAGCAUCUUCCGCUUGAUGCUAUUGGGCGCCCCCUUGUACCAGCUGUAGUCACUUUUUGCGGCGCGUUAACGGGCCCAAAGCCGUCCGGUGUUAACCUCUUUAUGCAUGAGACCAAUGAGAACACAACGGGUCACACUGUCGCUGAAGACGCAGAAGCUUAA